CCUUAGAGAGUUAGAGGCAACCUUAGAGACUCAAGUGUCAGAUGUCAAACACCACGUGUCAAAAAAAGAAAUUGGUUAUGUUGUUGUUUUGAAUAUCAUUUGAUUUGAUUAAGUUUCCCAAAUGUGAAUAUACUUUAAGUUUAGUUUAGAAACUGAACGUAAUUAUUGAUAAAUUGCCUACUUUUUUAAUACAUAAGUAUCGUAGAUAAGUCCAUAAUGGGAAAAUUUCAGAAAAAUAAGAAAGAUCAUUCGUAUGAGGCCUCGGAAAAACCGAAAUUUGCGAAGAACAAAACUAACAAAAAAAGGCCACCAUUGAACAGGAAAGAGCACAAAGAAAUCUUAAAGAAAAAAAGAGCUCGCCUGAUCAUCAAAAAUCUUCCAUUUAAAGCUACAGAAGAGAACCUUAAGGAGCACUUUGGCAAAUAUGGGGAAGUUGAAAGUGUUAAUAUCCUAAAGAAACCUGAUGGGAAAAUGGUCGGUUGUGCUUUUAUUCAGUUUAAUUUGGUCCAAUUUGCUAAACAGGCACGACAUUAUACACAUAACCAGCCAUUCCUAGGCAGGAAUAUAGAGGUCGAUUUUGCAAAGGCAAAGGACAAAUAUGUGAAAGAGAAAACUGUAAACUCUGAGGCAGAUCCUGAAAUAAAAAAAGAAGAUGAUAAAAAGGAGGUAAUAGAAAUAAAGGAUGAGCCAGAUUCAGAAGAAGACAAUGACAAUUCUGAUAAUAGUGAAGAUGAUGAGGUGGAAGAAACAGCUUCCCAAACUUCAAAUCAGAAGAAACCCUUUCAAUCUCAUGAUGUUAAUGAGGGCAAGACAGUAUUUAUAAAAAAUGUACCGUAUGAUGCAACAAAUGAAGAUUUGAGACAAUGUAUGGGUCAGUUUGGACCUACUUACUAUGCAUUGAUCUGUGUUGAUAAGUUGACUGAGCAUUCUAGAGGAAGUGCAUUUGUUAAAUUUGUGAAUAAAGAAGAUGCAGAUAAAGCAUUAGCCGCCGGAACAGAAUUAACGUUGAAGGGUAACAUCCUAGACUGUCAUCCUGCUAUAGACCGGAAUGAUCUUAAGAAGAAGGAAAAGGAACAGAAAGAGCAAAAAGGAAAGCCUAAGGAUUCUAGAAAUUUAUAUUUAGUAAAAGAAGGAGUCAUUCUAGCUGGGUCAAAAUCCGCAGAGGGUGUAUCUGCAAGCGAUAUGGCUAAACGGCUACAGAUUGAGCAAUAUAAAACGCAAAUGCUACGCAACCUUAACACAUUCGUUUCAAAAGAUCGUCUAGUAGUACACAAUUUGCCACCGACCUGGGAUGAUAAGAAAUUGAAAAUGCUUUUUCAAAAGCAUGGUGGUAAAGGGGCUGUAGUAAGAGAGGCAAGAAUAAUGCGAAACAUGAAAAAAUUAGACGCCAAAGGGGUAGGAGAAUCUAAACAGUUCGGUUUCGUUGCUUUUACAAGUCACGAACACGCAUUAGCUGCAUUAAGGUCACUCAACAAUAAUCCCAAUGUAUUUUCUGCGCAAAAGCGGCCUAUCAUAACAUUCAGUAUAGAAAGUAAAACAGCUCUAAAAGCUAAAAUUAAACGACAGGAAAAGUCUCGACUGAAAAAUCCCAAAUCGAAAGACUUCGACCCGAAUUUGGUAAAAAAAGAGCAGACAGAAGCAACCGGUGAAGAGCCCGAUAUAAAACCGUACGCUGGUGUUACAACAACAGAAGGCAAAGUUCAAAAAAUGAGGAGCAGAUAUAAGCUGACCGAGCAGGCCAAGUUGCACUACAAGACUUUGAAGAAAGAAAAGCGGAAACAGAAAAUGGCUAAAAAGACACUUCAGGAAAAACAGAAACAAUUCAUUAAACAGCCAAAACAAAAAAUUAAUAAGGUGAAACAGGAGGAUAAUUUUUCAAAGAUGGUGAGCAACUAUAAAAAGAAACUUAUUGGUGGAAUGCAAGAUUUGAAGAAGUCGAAGUGGUACAGUGAGUGAUGUUUAGAUGCUUAUUAAAUUGUUUUUUUUAAA